AUGGUGGAGCUCAGCUGGAAGACCGUGAUCUCGGGGUUGCCUCAGGUGACCUCGGGACUUUUGUCGUAUGUCCUUUACACGAUCUCCAGCCCGCUGCCGCCGUCAUCUAAAAUUUCUGUCAGCGACUCCGACCAUCCAGCGGCACGCUCACGGACGUCGGCCUCCGUGGCUCCGCUCGCUGCCGCUCUCAGACGUCACGUCGCGCCACUGCGUCUCCGCCAGACGACGUAUACUCCUCAAGCCUCCGUUAACGGCGCUCGCUCCACCAUUUUCAGCAUCGCCGCGCAGCCGCUGUCGCUUGUACCUGCACAACCACCGCCGUCUCUCAUCUCGCCGCCGGCUUUCUACUUGUCGGCGCUUUUCAGCCCGCCGUCGUCCCCUUUCUCAGCUUGUCGUCGCCAUUCUCAGCCCACCAUCAGCAUCCCGCCACUGCCAUCGCCACCGUACAAAAUCAGUUCGUUGUCGAGCACCUCCGUCACCACCCGCCUCUGGCAACAGGACUGGAUCCAAGGUGACGGAGGUCGACGGAGGUUAGAAGGCGGGACGAGGCCAUUUUCUCUGGCGGGACAGCUCGUCUUCUCCGGCGGGACGAGGUCGUCUUCCCCUGUGGGACAGCUCGGAUGUAACAUGUGCUUUGACGCGGUCAUCGGAGAAGCCGGAAUCUGGUCAGGAAGAGUUGCAACCGGCAGUGAUGUCUUUUAG